AUGGAUGAGAUUCCCGUGAGGUUUGGGCUCUGCGGUACGUGCGAGUCUUUCCUCGUCCAGAUAAACCUGUGGGCAGUUUGGGAUGUGCCUUUGAGGAGAGCGGGGCCAGUCGCACGUUCCUGGGUGGAACUCCACUUCAGCAGCAAUGGGAACGGCGGUGGAAGCGCUGUCACUCCCGUGAGCCAAGAGCAAGUACCAGCCUCUCUUUCCAUUCACAAUGGUGACAUGGAGAAAAUACUCCUUGAUGCUCAGCACGAGUCUGGAAGGAGCAGUUCAAGAGAAAGUUCCCACUGUGACAGCCCUCCUCGUUCCCAGACACCUCAGGACAGUCACAGAGCUUUGGAAAUAGAGAGUCACAGCAGUGGAGAAAAGAACAGCUUUCAGUCUGAAGAGGAUUUUCUGGAAAGGAGAAAAGAAGUAGAAAGGCUCCUGAAGAAAAGUGCAGAUUGGAUAUGGGAUUGGUCCAGCAGGCCAGAGAACAUCCCACCAAAGGAAUUCCUGUUUAAACAUCCCAGGCGCACAGCUACUCUCAGCAUGAGAAAUACCAGUGUAAUGAAGAAAGGGGGAAUAUUCUCUGCGGAAUUUUUGAAGGUUUUUCUUCCAUCUCUGCUGCUUUCUCAUUUGCUUGCCAUUGGACUCGGGGUUUACAUUGGAAGGCGCCUCACGACCACGGCCUCGAGCAGCACGUUCUAA